ACAAACAUGCAAAACUUAUAGUGUCAGGACGUGCAGGAGAUUCCUGUUUUCUAUAUCCACGACACCUGUUUACUGCUCAUUGUCACGUCUGAAGUACACCAUCGCCCACUACCACGAGUCGACGUCAACACACCACCAUGGCCCUGCUCAAUGCCCCUGUUCUGGCAGUCCUCGCAACAUUCGCCCUAUUCGCCCUCCAACUCAUAACCCUCCGUCUCCUCUCCCUCGCACCACAACGCCGUCCCCCACCGACACCCCGCCAACUCGGUACACCCGCCCACCUCCUCAUCGUCCUCGGCAGCGGCGGCCACACGGCAGAAAUGAUCUCCAUGCUGCGCCGCAGCAACACUUGCUCAAAGUUCUCCCAUCGCACCUGGCUAGUCUCCUCCGGCGACAGCUUUUCCGCCGCCUUUGCCAAGGAAUUCGAGCAAGAGAUGGGAGAAAAGAAGGGCACGUAUAGAGUUGUGGAGGUCAGGAGAGCGAGGAAGAUACACCAGAGUCUGCUUUCUUCGCCUUGGACUUGUUUGUUGUGUUUGUGGGAUUGCUUAAGAUGGCUGAGACCUUCUUCUGACAGGCAUUAUGGAUACCCGGACUUGGUCAUUACCAAUGGCCCUGCCACGGCUACCAUCUUGGUCUUUGCAUCGGUCUUGUUGCGCUUCCUUGGUCUACAAGGGAGUGAUGGUGCAGGAGAGAUGCGCACAAUCUAUGUUGAGAGUUGGGCGAGGGUCAAGAGGCUCAGUCUGAGCGGAAGAUUGCUUUGUUGGCUUGUGGACCGCGUGUUGGUGCAGUGGGAGCAAUUACAAGGUGCUGGAGCUGGUGGAAGAGCCGAGUUCAAAGGUGUCUUGGUAUGAAGCAACCACGAUUCCU